AUGACUGCCACUGAGCCUCGUCCCAGAAUUGAGCCAGGUCGAGAACCUGAUGUCCUCACUUAUAUCUGGAAUCUGCCAAAUUUCGACGAGCUUCCCGGAAAUCCCGAGAAAAUCCUAGAUGCGAUUGACAAGUUCAACACAGAAGAAAAUCGCCUCAUAAACAUUGGACCCAGAAAGGGACCCUUAAUCGAGAAGAUCAUUGAAGAGAAGAAGCCAUCUAUCAUGGUCGAGUUAGGUUGCUAUGUCGGUUACUCUGCAAUCAGAUUCGGCAAUGCGGUUCGACGUGCAGGAGGCAAGAAAUACUAUAGUCUCGAAAUCAACCCCAUCAAUGCAUCUGUCGCAAAGCUGCUUAUCGAGCUAGCUGGCUUACAGGAUAUCGUCACUGUGAUCGUGGCUGCAAGCUAUGAAGGUCUCGCCAAGCUAGUGCACGAGUUGCUCAUUGAGUCUAUCGAGCUUUUGUUCGUGGAUCAUGUGAAGCAUCGCUAUAUUUCCGACUUGUGGCUUGUUGAGCAGCUGGGUCUUCUCCAACCUGGAAAGUCUGUUAUUAUUGCUGAUAACAUUUCUCCUUCUUAUUCGCGCGGAACAGAGUAUAUGAAUUGGCUGCAUGCCAGUGCAGCGGAUAAAGAGGCUACUCUGGCACAAUAUACAUUCACUGAUGAUUUUGGUGGUGUUGAGCUGGCUAGGCUGAUCAAGGAGAAUGGUGUCAAAAAGACUGGAUUGGACUUGAGUAAUGUGCCAGGAACUGGAACAUACUCUUAUGAGACAAAGCUUCAUGAAUUCCAGGGGCACAGUGGAAGGACGGAUGGAGUGGCGGUCACCAAUGUCCUGUAG